UAGGUUUAGAAUCUUUGUGUACAAGUGUAAUACUGUAGAACUCUAGAGUUUGCUUAUUGACAGCAAAGGAUGAUUUUAAUUUCUGUAAAAACAUGCUUUAUGUUCCAGAACAUUGCUAGAAAGCGGCGCUACGUUGCCACUGUUGCCUUAAAUGAUCGUGUUUAUGUUAUUGGCGGGUAUGAUGGCCGAUCGCGGUUGAGUUCAGUUGAGUGUUUGGACUACACAGCUGAUGAAGAUGGAGUCUGGUACUCUGUAGCCACAAUGAAUGUACGCCGAGGCCUUGCAGGAGCUACAACACUCGGAGAUAUGAUCUAUGUUGCGGGUGGAUUCGAUGGAAGUCGACGUCACACUAGCAUGGAGCGAUACGACCCCAAUAUUGAUCAGUGGAGCAUGUUGGGAGAUAUGCAGACUGCCAGGGAGGGAGCGGGACUUGUUGUGGCCAGUGGACUCAUUUACUGUUUAGGUGGUUAUGAUGGCCUGAACAUUCUAAAUUCUGUAGAGCGGUAUGACCCUCACACAGGGCACUGGACCAGCGUCACUCCCAUGGCCAACAAACGCUCAGGGGCUGGUGUGGCUUUGCUGAAUGAUCACAUAUAUGUUGUUGGAGGGUUUGACGGCACAGCGCAUCUGUCUUCAGUAGAGGUCUACAACAUCCGCACAGACUACUGGACCACAGUGGCGAAUAUGACCACACCACGCUGCUACGUAGGGGCCACCGUCUUGAGGGGCCGACUUUAUGCCAUUGCAGGAUAUGAUGGGAACUCACUGCUCAGCAGCAUUGAAUGUUACGACCCCGUGAUUGACAGCUGGGAAGUGGUGACGUCAAUGGCAACACAACGCUGUGACGCAGGCGUUUGUGUGCUCAGAGAAAAAUAAGCUGAGGGAACCGUUCUGACAGACACUUUAUAAUGACUUCUGGAUGCUGGAAUUCAUUGCUGGAGCAUCAAAUCCAGCUUUUUUAUGACUUUUUGUUGCCAUCUGAGAUCUCAGUUCCUGUUUUUCCUUCUGAGGGAGAAUAACGUUUCAUGAUACAGUCAACAUGUGGGGUUCACCAACAUGUUUUCGUCUUCAUACAGAGUCUGUGAUCUUUGGUUAAAAUGUGAAAUUCACUCAGUUGGAUCCUCUAAAGUGCAAUAUGAUAAUCUACUGGUGUCAAAAUGUCUCAGAGAAGAGACAGAUAUGUGUAUGCCUUACUGCCCAAGUGACUGAAUGCUUCCUGAAGGAGGGAAUAUUGCCGGAUUCAUCAGGAUGUGAAAACAGCGGUGCUUUGUGUAAUCUGUUUCAAUCCUGUCUGUAACAUCGGUCAUCAUCAUCUGGUUGCUCGGCUCUUCUUAUUAACUUGACCCUUUAUCAGCGUGCCUGAUGCACCAGGGAUUUUUCCAUCAUCAUGUAUAGAAGCUUCAGAGAUAUCAAGAAGCCAGUGUGCUGGUGUUUUUAGUCGUGUGAAGCCGACUGCACGGGUGAAUUUAGCUGUGCUUUCAGUGAAAACUUGUUUAAUACUGGAAACUGACCCAUUAAUAUGAAUGAAAGGUGACUUGCAUAGCCGAUGUUCAGCAGUAUAUCAUUGAUGUGAUAUGCAGUUUUCACAUUGUGACUACAAUGAUAAAGACAAUAAAGGAAAAGUCUGUUUAUCAUGUUACAAAAUAAACUUUGUGUCAUCAGCAAA